GACUACAGGGCGCCAUGUUUCAUAACAGUUUGAAGCCGGCGCUUCGCAACACUGCACUUCCUCGUUUUACAUUUCUUUGAAUUGAAGAGUGUUUGCCAAGUAAACAUGCCCUGUUGUGCGGUAGAGCAAUUGUAUACAUUUCCCACAUCCCAGAAAGGGAGAAACAUAUGGGAAGUGAAAGCUGGCGGAGAAUGCGGCAGAGCCAAUAACAACAGUUUCUUGUGUGAGGUUUGUGCGAAAGGAUUUUUCCUCAGCGAGCAAAACAAAUGCUUGCCAUGUAACUGCAAAGGCCAUGCAACUCACUGUGAGGACAUCACUGGCAUCUGUAAGAAUUGCAAAGAUCACAGCACUGGUGAUUUCUGUGAAAUGUGUGAAGACGGCUACAUGCUGGCACAGAGUCCUGCUGGACGCCAUAGCUGCCAACCCUGCGCCUGCCCUCUCUCUGUGCCCUCAAACAAUUUCGCAGUGCAUUGUAACAGACGUGGUGACGUUCAACGGUGCAAAUGCAAAGAGGGCUAUGCUGGACACAUCUGUGAGAGGUGUGCACCAGGGUACUAUGGCAUGCCGAUGACAAUUGGUGGUUCCUGCAAGCGAUGUGACUGUAAUGACAAUUCUGACCCAAACCUGAUCUUCAACUGGUGCCACAAUGUGACCGGCCACUGCCAGCACUGCUGGGGCAACACUGCUGGGCCCAACUGUGAGAGGUGUGCUCAAGGCUUCUACGGUGAUGCCAUCGGCGCCAAGAAUUGCAGAGAGUGUGAGUGCCAUGAAUGUGGUACAUCCUCGUGCGAUGACAGGACAGGAGUGUGUCACUGUAAACCAGGCGUCACUGGGCGACUCUGUGACCGCUGUGAGGAGGGUUACUCAGGUUUCUCCAGCUGCCAGGGCUGUCAGAGAUGUGAAUGUGGGCCAGCUUCUCUACGUCCCACCUGCCACCCACUCACUCACAGCUGUUUAUGCCGCCCGGGUGCCGGAGGUCGUUACUGUGAGAGGUGUCUCCCUGGCCAUUGGGACUAUAACCCCUCUGGCUGCAAGCGGUGUGACUGUAAUAGCAGCCAUUGUGAUAUGCACACCGGAGAAUGCCUACCAGAGCCUGCAACAGUUAAUCUGUGCAAUAUCAGUUGUGAUGAAUGUAUCUGGCAUGUAAUCGGAGACCUGCGGCAGUCCAACAAAACACUCGACCAUUUGAGGGUUGGAGUGUUGAACAUCUCCACUGGGGCUGCUGUUAACGACAGAGUUAAAUACUACAAUUAUACUGCUCAUCACCUGCAGAAUCAGUUUCAAGGCUGGAGGAACAGGUUGUCAGCAAUAAAGGCUGAGACUGAGAGGGUGGAAGACUCGACACAGGACGUGGUCUCAUACAUCAAACAGCUUGAUGAAUCGGAAAGCAAAGCAAGGACUUUGGGAAGCCAGCUGGACAAGAAUACACUGCAGACCUUAACAUUGGCUGACAAUUUCAGCAAAAACCUCACUGAUCUCAACACGCGCAUUGAAGAUAUGAUCAAUGAAUGGGAGAUCUAUAGUGUUUACCAGGAAAUGGACCCCGAGGUGGCCAGACGCAACACAGAGGAAGCCUUGAGUUUUGUGAGCGAAAUGAGAAAGCUGGACUUGUCUGCACACGGGCCCAUCACCAUUGAAGAGUCAACAGAAGCCCACGACUUGCUCCGACGUAUUCGUCAGUUGGAGAAGAAGUCAUUGAUUACACACGGCCAUCUCCCCCCACUCAACUUGGCUUUGUCUCGCUUCACUACAAAGCUGUCUGACGCUCAGACCUUCCUCCAGAAAGCAGCCAGAACAAUCGAGGAGACGCAGGACAGGAACAGAGCCAAUAUCCUUAAAUUCCAGGGGAAUGAGGCCAAACAGCAGAGGAUGGCGACAGAGUUCACAGCAAUUCAUAAUACCACACAAGAAGCCAAAGACCUGAUUUCUAAAUCACACGCGACUGUGGCUGAAGUGGAUAUGCUGGUGCAGAAUAGUACACACGACCAUGCUGCAAUUGAUGGCGCUGGGCAAAAGCUGACGGAGAAGAUGGAAACACUCUCAUUGGCUGAUAUAGACUUGGUUCAGAGGGCAGAUGAGCAUGCUGAAGAGCUGGAACGACAAGCCACCACACUGGAAGAGGAUCUGAGAGAGAGUGAUGCCAAUGGCUUUGUACAGAGGGCCAUCAGUGCUGCCAACGUCUACACUAACAUUGUGAAGUACAUCAACGACGCUAAUAUUACAUCACUUACCACUUUGAACUUGUCCCACACAGUGGAUGAUUCCACCAAGGAGAUCAACAUGCAGCUUAAGGGUCUGGUGGUAAACAGCGACAAUGUGUUCAAGGAGUCCGUUUCAUUGCAUUCUGAAGAAAUAGAGGUAACAGCCGAGGUGGCUGACAAGUUGAAGUUCCUUGAGGAAACGAAACAGACCUUGAAUAAGAACACCAAAAAACUGGAAGAAAUAGUGCUGGACAUUAAUGAGUUUCAGACAUACAGAACCCCUCAGCGACUGGAGUAUACACUCAAAGUGGCCGAGGAAACUUACAACCACUCAGCAGAAGUGCUAAAGACCAUAACCCCUAUCAGUAACAAAGUGGAGGAAUGGGCCAGUAAUCUGAGCAACAAUAAAUACUCUACCACUGCAUAUGAGCAAGCCAUCGUCUCUGCAAGGGAAUCAGUGGAGAACCUAAAUUUUCUUGUUCCUGAGCUGUUGGAAAAGCUGAAGGUGGUUGAGGACAAGAAGCCUGUGAACAACAUAACAGCAAAUGUCAUGAGAGUCAGAGAGCUGAUAGCGCAGGCCAAGAGUGUGGCAAAGAAGGUUCAAGUGUCAAUGAAAUUUAGUGGUCAGUCGUCAGUGGAGGUUCAUCCGGACACCAAUCUGGAAGACCUGAAGACAAUGACGUCUAUCAGCUUUUACAUGAGAGUGGACCCAGACAAGGAUCCAAUAGAGGACCGCUUUAUUCUAUAUCUGGGCGACAGAAAGGGUCAGAAAGACUACAUGGGACUGGCAAUCAAGAAUGAUAACUUGGUGUACAUGUACAACCUUGGUGGUGAAUACGUUGAAAUCCCACUGAGUUCGAAGCCGGUUAGCCAAUGGCCUGCUGUCUUCAACUACAUUAAAGUAGAGAGGUUGGGUCGACAUGGGAAAAUCUACCUAAUCCUCCCAAGCCAAAGCUCCACGGAUGAACAGAAGUUCAUACAAAAGGGCGAGGCUCCAGGCACCGAUUCACUAUUUGACAUAGACCCAAAAGAUAUGGUAUUCUUUGUUGGGGGUGUCCCACCGGAUGCUAAGCUCCCUCCUCCAUUGAGUCUUGCUCCUUUUGUGGGUUGCAUCGAGUUGGCUUCACUUAACAAUGAUGUCAUCAGUCUAUAUAAUUUCAAAAAAACUCACAAAAUGGAUGUGGUUGCAUCCACGCCAUGUUCCAGAUACAAGCUGGCUUUCUCCAAGAGUCGUAUUGCCAGUUACUUAUUUGAUGGAAAAGGCUAUGCACUGAUCAGUAACAUCACGCAGAGGGCGAAAUUCGGUUAUGUCACAAGAUUUGAUAUUUCAGUGCGAACAGUUGUGAACAACGGUGUUCUUUUCAUUAUGGUCAAUGCCGAUAAAUUCUUUCUUUUGGAAAUAAAAAAUGGAUUCCUGCGGCUUAUGUAUGACUUUGGCUUCAACGAUGGGCCAAAACUUAUGGAAAAUAACAUACCAAAGUUAAAAAUUAAUGAUGCAAGAUAUCAUGAGGUAUCAGUGAUUUAUCAUCAAUCAAAGAAGGUUAUCCUCUUGGUGGACAAGAGUCAUAUCAAAUCUAUGGAAAAUCCGAAAACCACUUUGCCAUUCUCAGACAUCUACAUAGGGGGGGCUCCCUCACACAUUCUCCACACCAGGCCUGAGUUGUCUGCUGUGGUUAACCUCAAAGGUUGUGUCAAAGGUUUCUUGUUCCAAAAAAAAGACUUCAACCUGUUAGAGCAGCCUGGGACCAUAGGCGUCAGUAGUGGCUGUCCUGAGGAGUCUUUUGCAUCACACAAAGCCUAUUUCACGGGCGAAAGCUACCUCGGAUCCUCGGCAAAGAUUUCCCCAUUUGACAAUUUUGAAGGUGGCCUCAACUUUAAAACAUUACAACCCAAUGGACUGAUGUUGUACCACGAGGAUGGGCCUGAUGAAUUCAGCAUUUCGCUUGAGAAUGGAGCAGUUGUGAUGAACACACAUGGAACAAGAGUUAGAUCACAUAAGAAACAGUAUAAUGAUGGAAAGAGUCAUUUCUUAUUGGCCUCGGUGAACCAAACGACGUAUCUAUUGUUGGUGGACGAUAAAGACAAGCAGGAGAAAAAACGCCCUGCAUCAGUCACUACAUCCUCCUCAGUUUCUUCUCUGAAGAGCUUCUACUAUGGAGGGUCUCCAAACAGCAGCUUCAAGAAUUUAACAGGCUGCAUCAGCUAUGCCUACAUAAACAGACAGGACCGAGACAUCGAGCCAGAGGACUUUCAGCGCUACACAAACAAUGUCCAGACUUUCCUGCAAGACUGUCCAGUACAAGAGACUCCUGUUGCUCUCUUAUCAAAACUCAGGGAUGACAAACAAAAAGUUAAACAGAGGCAAUCACAAAAGGUUAGCAGAGAUGAGUCCGGCCUCCCUCGUAAUGUGGUGCAAUUCAGAAGUGAAGGCCAGAAAUCAUUGAACCUGAAUAUUGCUUCUUGCCAACUGUCCUCAAGUCCUGAAGCAACCCAGCAUGCCUAUCAAUAUGGCAACUUCGCCAACAGUAGACAGCACUACAGAGAGCUCCCACAAUCAUUUUCUGAGAGGUCCAACUUUUCCUUAUCCCUGAAGACCAAGACAUCAUUUGGCCUAAUUUUUUAUGUAUCUGACUCUCAAGAAGAAAACUUUAUGUCUCUGUUCCUGGCCAACGGUAAACUUGUAUACACCUUCAAUGUGGCAGAUAAACGAGUCGAAAUGCGGAGCAAGGAAAAUUACAACACUGGCGCAUGGCAUGAGGUCAUUUUUAUCCGCGAUGGGAAUAUGGGAAAACUAAUAGUUAAUGGGCACACACCACUGGAAGACAGAGUUGAAGGCAACGGCUCAUUUCAUGGCAGCAGUCCUCUCUAUUUUGGAGGAGUGCCUUCAGGGCGAGCGCAAAAAAAUAUUCAGAGUAAUUCACUCAACAGCUUCUCUGGCUGUUUGAAGAACAUUCUGCUGAAUGGACAGAGAUUAUCAUCUGUGGAUGAGACAUUUGGGGUCACUCCAUGUUUUGAGGGAUUGACUGAAACAGGAACAUUCUUUGCAAAGGAAGGAGGCUACAUACUUUUGGAUACAUUUGACUUGGGACCCACAUUUCAGCUGGCGAUGGAGGUGCGGCCCCGUGUUGCAUCCGGUGUGUUGCUACAUGUGCGCAUAGCAGAGGGCUACUUCACAAUUUACAUUCAUCAAGGAGCAGUGGUGGUGAUUGUAAGUGAUGGGACACAAGAGUUAUUCACAAGGGUUUCUCCAAAACACGGUCUCUGCGCUGGCAACUGGCAUAAAAUCACCGUGAUGAGAGAUACCAACAUUCUCCAGUUGGAUGUGGACGAUGAGGUCAAUCGUGUGGAUGGAUUCCUCAAUCUUCACACCGCAAUCACCAAAAGACCUAUUUUCAUCGGUGGAGCGCCAGGCCUCUACCUCUCAGACAGCCAUGUAACCAAGGAGCCUUAUGUAGGCUGCAUUAGGAACAUGAUGCUCAACAGCAGCAGAGUGAGGUUCAACAAAGCAGCUCUGAUCAGUGGAGCAGUCAGUCUAGGGACAUGUCCAGCCGUGUAAUAACCAAUACCAAUACUAAAUGUAUAAUCAUUAAAGCCAACCACUGUCCUUAUAUUUACUCUUUGGAUGGUACAGGUAUAUGUUUGUAUUAAAGAAAUGUGUAACAAGUUUAAAAAUAACACCAAAAACUAAUGCAUCAAUCUAAACUCAAUGGAAACAAUACUCUGCCCUUCUACUUCCUUUAUCAAAUUCCAAGUCACAAAAAAAACACAUAUUUUUAACUUCACAUUAGGUUUGAAACCCUUUUCAUCUUUCGCUGUUGCCAUUUCUAAUAUAAAGUAGCGUAAAGUUCUUACUUAUAUCUGUCAGUAGACUAGCUAUCAAAGCGCUAAAAACUGUAGUGGGUUUACAUAAUUCACCCACUGAAUUUUAGUUAUUAGAGGGUUCCGGUCGGACACAUUUCCGGCAUUGAUUUUGCACUAGUGAGCCACGGAUGAGGAGAUGCUGCUCUGUUAUUGAUUCAAGUAAAGUCUGAAUGUCAUUAAAACCAUUAGCUCCA